AGUUUACAAUUACACAUAUAUCAGUGAAGUCUUUUUAUUCUUACUUUCUAAAAAUGGGACAAAAAAUGUCGUAAAAGCAGUCAAAAUUUGCUUACGAAUGAUUUUGAAUACAUUAUUUUGCAAAGCUAUCAUCAGUUUAACAGGGUUUUUGGCCAGUUUGAUAUUCGUGCUUUGUAACACUCCUCCAAUAGGGGAAUCCUAUAAUCAUUUUUUUACCAUAAUCUAUCUCCACAUCUCUGUAAUCUACAAAGUAUUCAAGUUAUACAAUUUUAGUUAUUCAUUUGCUAUGUUUUACUUGGAUUACCGAAAAGUUGUGCAUUCUUAUUUAUCUCGCCAGUUUUUAUAAAUUAAAAUAUGCCGGUUAUUAUUUAAAUACAUCGGUAAUGCAGUUUAAAAUAACUCGAAGAAAAAAAAAAACAAAAUUACAAUGCUUAUAAUAAUAUUAUUCGUUCAUUUUUUCAUUUUAAUGAAGUGUGAAUUUGUUAUUGAAACUAUCGAACAGACAUGUGAUUUACAAUUGCUGAAAAAUCUUACAGUUUACAGUAAAGACUGGGAAGUAACCUAUAAACAAGCGAUAAUUAAAUUUAACUUGUGUGGGUAUUUGAACGACAAAGAUCACCAUAAAUACGUGGCUUAUAUAAAGAAAAACAAUAAUUUCAUUCGUUUUGCUAAUUUCUCAGGUUCACUUGAUAAUAAACUAAAUUUUCACCCAGUAGAUAAUACAACUUGUAAGUUAUCUGUAAAUUUCGACUGCCUAAUGUUCUCAAAGGAACCCAAGUUACAAGUGAAUAAUGAAUGCAAUUAUCAAUUAUCAAUUUCGUCUCUAUCAGAAAAUUGCGUUCGUCCAUAUGGGAUGAGAUAUCAGAAUGAUUUAUUGGAUUUUCGUCCGUUACGACGUUUGUAUGAUAUAAAAUUUGAUGGAAAAAAUAAAUUCGAGUCUUGUAUUUCAUUUUGUAAUGAAAUCGAAGACUGUAAAAUAGAUAAUAAUAAUUGUUAUGUCAACGGAACUAAAAGUGAAAAAAUUGUUACAGUAGAAUUCGAUAGAAUAGUAUAUAACAACAAAUUCGAACUGCACGCACAUUAUUUUCAACACAACAAAAAGAAAAAAAUAGAAGUACACAUUACUUGUAAAUGGUUUAAAAACUCAACCGAAUUAAAAGUAUUAUCAGCAGGAAAAAAUACCAGACUCGAACUUGAAUCUUCAUUAGGUUGUAUUAAACAACCCCAAGUAUGUCAAUUUACAGACAAGCAAUUCUUCUAUAAUCUAUCAGAUCUUUAUGAGAAAAAAGGUUAUUGGGAAGUUGAAUCUAAUAGUACAAGAAAAAUAUAUUUAAAUAUUUGUGGACCAUUACGUUUAGGACAAGAUCAUUGUUCUAAAUCCCAUUCGCAAAUAUGUGAAAAUGUUAAUAGAGCAUAUAUAAGUAAAGGAAGAAUAAGUUCGGCAUUAACACCUGUGGUAUUAGAGGAUACCAUCGUUGAUACCUAUACAACCGGUGAUGAAUGUAACAAAACUCAAAUGUAUACAACAAAACUUAUAUUGAAAUGUUCGUCUGUUGAUGGGAAACCAACAUUUAUUAAAUACAACGGUUGCGAGAUGAUUAUAGGGUGGAAUACCACUAAAGCUUGUCCGAAAUAUGAUUUGAAGGCUUGUCCGUAUAAACUACCCAGUUCGAACCAGUACGAUUGCGUUUAUAAAGAUAUACAUAAGGAAUUCUACUUGUUUUAUAAUUUGUCGAGAUUGUACAAUCCGAGAGGAUAUCAAAUUCGAGAUCCUGAUGACAAUAAUUAUUUGUAUUGGUUGAAUGUAUGUGGACCGAUUAAUCUUAGCGAAGCGCCCUGUAAAAAAAAUGUUAUGAUCGCUAAGGUGAAUUUGAAAGAGGUGGACGUCAGAAAGAAGGUGAUAUCGUACGGAGAACAAACUAAUAUAUCGACAAGAAACGGCUCUCUAAUAAUAGAUACAGCUGGAGGCGAUUUUUAUAAUCAAAAAGAUUUAUUAACUUACUAUAGAGCAAACAUACAAUUCGAAUGUUCUAGAAACGUAGAGAGCGAGAUUUUUUUACUAUCGAAAAGUGAAAGUUCCUUGGAAUUUUUAUGGAAAACUAAAUACGCUUGUCCUGUGACAGUGGAAACUAUCCGAAGUUGUAUAUUCGAUAUUGAUCCUUAUACUAAGUUAGAUUUUACAAACAUAACCAAAGAUUCUUUAGUGAUACAAAAUGAUGACAGACAGUACUUGUUCGAUUUGUGUGGACGUCGUAGAGAAUCCUGCGAUCCUAGUAAUUGUACGUAUACGAGGGCCUCCAAAAACGUCGUAAAGUAUCAUAAUAAGUAUAAUAUCGAAUUUAUAUUGAACGCGCCUUGUAACAUUCCAAAAAAAUUCAAUAGAACCCUCAUAGAAUUGGUUUGCGAUAAUUUACUUGACAACGAUCAUUAUAACGAUGAAAUGAAAGUUGAAAAUUGUACUUUGAUGUUACAAUUACGUACCAAUAAGAUUUGUACUGACGAGCCUGUAGUUGUACCUCUCCUAAAUUCCGAACCACUUGAAAAUAAAAAUAUUCAGCGCAUCAAUUACGACGUCAUACAGGAACAUUCAACGAAAAAAGUUAAUUGUACAUUGAUAGGUCCACACAAUAAUUAUGUGUUUGAUAUCAACCAACUCACAUUGGACGUAAAUGUAACAAAAUGUCCUGCAAAGUCAUACAAUUUCGAUAACAAAACCAUAACUUUGUUAUAUAACAUACCAAAAAGUUGCCAUCAUUCCAAAGAUAACCUCGAAUUAAUAGUCGAAUUAAAUUGCAAUGACAACCUCCAACAAAAUAAGACGAAUCAAUUUCGAUGUUCCAGAAAAAUGACGUUCUUCCUACCGGAAACUUGUAAACUAUUAGAAAUCGUUAAUAACUCGCAAAAUGAACGAGGUACCAUCAGUGGUGGGCUAGUAACAGUGUACACUCUACUUUCUGUAUUCCUCGUAUUACUAUUAAUCGGUAUAUCCUAUUGGUUAUAUAAACGUCAACUGCAGAUUAGACCAUAUCGAGUCUUAUUCGUACCCUACAAAAAGGAUUUCGACGAUUAGAAAAUGCGUUCGGUAUGAUGGUAAAUUUGGUUACCGAAAAGUUUUUUAUGCAGGGAAAUUACGAUGUAUCGGUAUAGUAAAAUAAUCGACACUAUAUGUUGUUGAAUACAUUUACAGGGUGUUCAAAUAAUCUUAAUUUUUUAUUGAUCGUUUUUUUAACAAUUAUUGCGGCAUCCUGUAUAAAUCACAUAAGAGGCUCUUGUGUUGAAAAUUAUUUUUUCACAUAGGAAUUAGAAAUUUGUUUAAAACGUUCAUAAUUUGUAUUUAUUUUAGAAUCUUCUAAUUUAUUUGUUGUUAAGUUUAAGUUUUUUUGUUAAUUAAUUCCAAGAAAAAAGAACACACAAAUUAUAAUUUUCGGUUUUCGAAAAUUAUUUUUAAAAAUUUAUUUUACACAAAAUUAAAUGAAUACAAUUAAUCUCACAAGCGAACUAACUAAUAUUCAUUGAAUGAACUAUAUAUUCAAGAGCGAUACAUAUAUUCAUUGCCAAGCUGUUUACAAAUAUUUGUAUUUAUAAUAAAAUAAUUGCUGAUGAAGUGUUUAUGAUAUUUAAUACAAUUGCAUUUUAUAUAAAUGUCCUUCUAGAAUUUUCUCCAUGUAACUCCUCCAUCCCUAAGAAUGAAAAAUUACGGAGGUAUUUUUCAUAUUUUGUUGUCUUCUUUCUUCUAAUUCGAUGCUUUCUUUCUUCUUUUCUUCAAAUUUCUGUUUUCUUACAAAUUUACUUUUAUAUUUACGAAUUAACAAUAAUGUUAUUAAAAUUACACAAAUUAUUAUUAUUAUAGUAAAUAGUCCAAUUGAUACAUGGCUAGCAAUUUUAUUUAUUUCGUAUAAUUUGUCAAAGUCUUAUGUUGGUUAAAUUUGGAGAUUUAUAAAUUUGAUUAUUUAAAAAUUUGAAGUUCGAUUUUGGUAAUAUUAUCGAUUUUCCUUUUUUAAUUUGUAUGUUGGUUGAGAAAAUUUCACUUUCUGUUUGAAUACUGCAGUUCUUUGGAAUUUUUAUAAUUGAUGGAUAACUUAUUUUAAAAUAACGGUCCGAAACACAUUCAGAAAUCACUUCAGUUUCUGAAUUCGGAUUUACUAAAAGUUUGUUAUUUGUCACUUGUUCCAGUAUAGUUUCUUGGAGGUUAAUUUCACUAACAACACAAUUUUCAGCAGAGCGUCCGUUUAACAAUUAAAUAGUACAAUUGUCUUUUAACUUAAAUGUUUAUUUACAAUAAUAUUUCUCUUCUAAUGCCCGACAUUCUUCUUUAAUAAAAUUAACUUCUUCUUGACUUCUGGCCAAGUAAGGUUGAGGAGGGAUAAAUAUUGUAUGAUUUUGGAUUAUAGGAUAUAGAUGGAAAAAUUCAUAGGUUUUAGGUUUAAGGAUUGAAACAUGGGUAGCAAAAAUUAUUUUAGAUUUGGAAAAGGUUAUUGCAUUUUCAAUAUUAUCAAUUAAUGUAAUCAAACUUUGACAGUCCAGAUUAAUCUGUGAAAGUAACUGCGAAGUAAACUAUAAAACAUUACAAAGGUGUUUACAAUCUUUCGUUUAUACAACAAAAUUAUUUACAAUAUUUGAUACUAUUACAUUUUAAUAAAAGGACCUACUAGAAUUUUCUCUCCAUAACUUCAGCAAUAAUUUUAUUAUAUAUAAGAAAAAUUGUAAACAACUUUUAAUGUACUAUAGUUAGUUCGCUUAAGAUAUUAAUUGUAAUCAUUCAAUAAUAUAAAAUUAAUUGUAAUUUUGUAUUAAAUAAAUUUUUGAAAACAUAUUUUCGGCAUUUUCGGAAUAUAAUUCACACUGUAUAUUUUUUAGUUACCUUUUUGUAUACAAUAAAUUCCAGCUUCUUGCACAUUUCGAAAAAAAGUUACUAAAUGCGACGUUGUCAAGUCAGGUAACAACCAAUCGUGCUGCAUUUUUAAGCGGAAAUUUGUUGUACAUUUUAGCAGUAUUAAUUUUUUUAUAAAAAUCUUGUUUUAUUUGUAAUUUAAAAACAAUUUGUAUAAAGAAAAAAUUUAGAA